AACACUUGUCACUAAUGAUUAGAGCGUGAAUGAGAAUAGAACAAAUGAAUUAUGUGCGUACGUGCGUACUAAAGCCAAUUUUUGCAUUAUUAAAACACAUAAGCCUAUGUUUGCAGCAAAUAGACUGUGAUUUGAGCAGCUGCGUUGCUUAUGCAAAUAAUUUGUAUGCUGAAAUUAGUGAAAUGCGUAAGGAUUCUGAACAAUCGUUUAAACUAAUUUUUGAAUCAGUUAAAACAAUAGCCGCAGAAUUAGAUUUAGAAAUCAAAAUUCCGCGUUUGGCGAAACGGCAAACUAAUCUCGACAAUUAUGAAGGCGAACCGGAAGAAUAUUACCGCAGAUCAAUUUAUAUACCGUUUUUAGAAAGUUUUUUGGACCAAAUCAAUGAACGAUUUUUAAAACAUCGAGAGCUGCUUUCCAAAAUUGAAAACAUUUUGCCAAAUAAAUGCAUAAAUCUUGACGUUAUUGAGAUGCAGGAGACUUUUCGUGUUUUAGAAAAGCAAUGGGCGGCUGAUGUAGAAGAUCGCGCUGAAUUUAGAAUGUGGAAAAGGAACUGGUUAAAUCAAACAAAGAGAUCCAAA